AUGCGUUCCUUCGCAACAACACUCUCUUUGCUGGCCGUCGGGGCCCUCCAAGGCGUCUCGGCCUUGGAUGCCGCCGGAUGGAGAAACCAGAGCAUCUACCAAAUCAUCACCGACCGUUUUGCCACCUCUGAUGGCUCGACCCCAGUCUGCGAUAUCACCCCGGGCCUGUACUGCGGCGGCACCUGGAAGGGCAUCACCAGCAAGCUGGACUACAUCCAGAACCUUGGUGCCACCGCCAUCUGGAUCUCGCCUGUCGUGAAGAACGUCGAGGGAAACGUUGGCGGCAACGGAGAGGGCUACCACGGCUUCUGGACCGAGGACCUCUACUCCAUCAACCCGCACUUUGGUACUGAGGCCGACCUCCUGGAGCUCUCCAGCGCCCUCCACGCCCGCGGCAUGUACCUCAUGGUCGACGUCGCCCCCAACCACUCCGGUCUGAACGACUCCCCCGGCAACUACACAAAGUACAAGCCCUUCAACAAGCCCGAGUACUACCACAAGGAGUGCUCCAUCAACUGGAACAACCUCCAGUCCGAGCAGCUCUGCUGGCUCGAGGGUCUGCCCGACCUCCGCACCGAGGACGACUUCGUCCGUAAGAUCUACGCCGAGUGGAUCAAGGACCUCGUCACCAAGUACUCCAUCGAUGGCCUCCGCGUUGACACCGCCCUCGAGAUUGAGCCCGAGUUCUUCACCGAGGGCGGCUUCCGCGAGGCCGCCGGCGUCUUCCUUCUCGCCGAGGUCAGCCACUCCUCCCUGACCCUGCUCGCACCUUACCAGAACUACCUCGACGGCAUCAUGGACUACAGCAGCUACCACCUCUUCGCCACCGUCUUCUCCACCCUCGAGGGCGACAUGGACAAGGUCUACGAGAGCGCCAACACCAUGGCCGGCAUGUCCUCCAUCGACCCCUCCGUCUGGGGCUCCUUCGUCGAGAACCAGGACCAGCCCCGCUUCCCCUACCUUAACGGCGACGUCGCCCUCGCCAAGAACAUGUACGCUCUAACCAUGCUCCGCGACGGCAUCCCCAUCGUCUACUACGGCCAGGAGCAGCACUUCAACGGCGGCCCCAACCCCAACAACCGCGAGGUCUUCUGGACGACUGGCUUCGACGACAAGGCGGAACUCUACGGCUGGAUCCAGCAGACCAACAAGAUCCGCGCCCACGCCGCCGCCGCCAACGCCGACUUCCUCACAAAGGAGCGCACCCGCGCCGUCUUCUCCUACGGCAGCACCGACAGCAGCCGCGUCAUCGGCUUCCGCAAGGGCCAGCUCUUCUCCAUGUACACUAACGGCGGCUCCGCCGCCAACAACGGCGUCAUGUUCUCAAUUGCGCGCAACGUCCACGGCUUCGCCGUUGGUGCCGAGAUCGUCGACGUCUUGAACUGCGAAUCCUUUACCGUUGCCUCUCACGGCCGUCUGUGGGCACAGAUGCCCGCCGGUGGCCUGCCUCGCGUCUUCUUGCCCAAGGAGCAGACCGAGGGUCUCUGCAACGAUGUCAAGGCGCCUGUCGCGGACGCCACUGUCAAGGUCGGUGUUGACAAGAACACUGGCUACAACAGACGGGCUGUGAUGCUGGAGUAG